UCCCGCCCCCCGCCCAGAAGGCCCCACAGCCUUGAGUCUGGGUUUGCUCCGCCGCAGCAUGAGCCUCCCCGCCGCCAGCCCGCUCUUCAAGCCGGGCGAGGACUGCGCCCCUGCAUGGCGCGCGGCGCCGGCCGCCUACAAUGCGACCGACACACACCUGGAAAUCCUGGGCAAGCCGGUGAUGGAGCGCUGGGAGACGCCAUACAUGCACUCACUGGCGGCUGCCGCCUCCUCCAGAGGGGGCCGGGUCCUGGAGGUGGGCUUCGGCAUGGCCAUUGCAGCCUCAAAGGUGCAGGAGGCCCCCAUCACUGAGCACUGGAUCAUUGAGUGUAAUGAUGGCGUCUUCCAGCGGCUCCAGGCCUGGGCCCAGCAGCAGCCACACAAGGUUGUCCCCUUGAAAGGCCUGUGGGAGGAUGUGGCACCCACACUGCCGGACGGUCACUUUGAUGGGAUCCUGUACGACACGUACCCACUGUCGGAGGAGACCUGGCACACGCACCAGUUCAACUUCAUCAAGAACCACGCCUUCCGCCUGCUGAAGCCAGGGGGUGUCCUCACCUACUGCAAUCUCACCUCCUGGGGCGAGCUCCUGAAGUCCAAGUACUCAGACAUCACCACCAUGUUUGAGGAGACGCAGGUGCCAGCGCUGCAAGAGGCGGGCUUCCAGAGGGAGAACAUCCGCAUCGAGGUGAUGGGGCUGGUGCCACCGGCCAACUGCCGCUACUACGCCUUCCCACAGAUGAUCACACCCCUGGUUACCAAGCAGUGAGCGCCCAUCCUCCUCGCUGUGUCUGAGAACCAGCCAUGCGACACAGACGGCCUCCCUCCAGGGCACGAGGGUGAAAUAAACAUGGGCACUGGCCUGGAUGGUGGGCGGAGUGUGCAACUCUGAGUGCCGUCACCCCGCAGGGCCUAUCAUCCUGCCUGACACUGUCCAUGCCCUGGGCAGCCAUGCCACUCACCCCAGUGGUUUGCAGUGAGGACUAAGGGGGUGCCCCUGAGGCUGGGGUGUCUUGUGGAGUCAGUCCACAAUGAGUGCCUCUGCUUUCAGGUGUCUUGGCUCCCACUGUGGUCUGGCCCAAUCUGUCCCCCAGGGGAGCUGCCCCUCUGCAGGAGACCCACUUUCCAGGGACCCUCCUGUGGGCUCCUGGUCAGGGACCAGGCUCAGGCCGUUCCCUCCACCUGCAGCACAGUUCCCCCUCUGUGUGGUUUUACCCUAGAAGCUGCCUUGGCUGGGGCCGGGCACCACUGUCCCCCAUGUCCCAGGUGGGGAGCCACCGAUAUGCAGUGGCAGACACAGAGGACCUGCAGGAGGAUCAGUCUCCAGGGCCCGGCCACUGAAAGUCUGCUGAAUAAAUGUCAUCAGGAAA